GUCUGAAUUCAAAAAGAAUGUCUUGUUAUAACAGUGUUAAAUAAUAAAAAUACAUAUUUUUAGUUUAAUAACAAAAACUAAGGUUGCGUGGUUGUGUAGAUUGUAGCGUUGCCUGGACUGGAGUGAAGGGAGAAAGCAAAGCAUCUUCUUGAUUUUGUCUUUCUUCAUCUUCUCAGCAAUGCCGCCUUUGUCAACAACUCACUUUAGCUACUGUGACACAAGUUCCUUCUCCUUUUGAUGUGCCCUCCAUGGACAUUGAUCUAGAGGUACCUAUAUGUGAGCAUGAGAAGCUUAAUAUUGGAUCUAGUGGAAAUAAUCUUACAGAUACAACAUGUGAUAUAUGUAUUGAGGAGCAUAAAAUCAAUCCUUCGUCAAUGACUGCACACUGUAAGGAAGUUUUAAGUGAAAAAGAUUUCUGCUGUCAGGAUCCGGUGGAUUUGAAUUCUAAUCAAGUGGAUGCAAUUGAUAGAUUUCCCAUUAAAGAACCACAAAAUGGCUUGGAAUUUGAAUCAAAGGAGGCUGCCUAUUCUUUCUACAGAGAAUAUGCUCGCUUAGUGGGUUUUGGCAUCACGAUAAAAGCCAGUCGACGCUCGAAAAAGUCUGGAAAAUUUAUUGAUAUUAAAAUUGUUUGUUCUAGAUUUGGAAGUAAGCGUGAGUCCGGUACAGCUGUUAAUCCACGACCAUGUACAAAGACAGACUGUAAGGCUGGAAUGCAUAUGAAGAAGAAGAUAGAUGGGAAUUGGAUUAUAUACAAUUUUGUAAAAGAGCACAAUCAUGAGAUCUGUCCCGAUGAUUUUGUCACGGGACGUAGCAAACAAAUAAGUAAUCUAGCUUGUCGUAAGAAGGGCAUGCAAUUGGCUCUAGACGAGGGAGAUGUGCAGUUGAUCAUCGAAUACUUUAUCUCUAUGCAGUGUGAAAAUCCAAACUUCUUUUAUGCAAUAGACCUGGAUCAGGAUAGACAUUUGAGAACUGUAUUUUGGGUUGACUCAAAAGGAAUAUUUGAUUAUAAAAAGUUUCAUGAUAUUGUGUUGAUUGACACUUUUUACCUGAAAAACAAAUAUAAAAUUCCUUUUGUUCCUUUUGUCGGGGUCAACCAUCACUUCCAGUACAUUUUACUUGGAUGUGCUCUGGUUGGGGAAGAGUCUGUUUCAGCUUUUAUGUGGUUAAUGCAAGCAUGGCUCAAGGCAAUGAGUAACCUACCUCCCGAGGUGAUUAUCACAGAUCAGGAGCAAUUCUUGAAAGAAGCUGUCAUGGAAGUGUUUCCAGAUAAACAUCACUGUUUCUGCCUAUCACAUGUUUUAUGUAAAAUAACCAAGAAUUUGGAUUAUAUCAUAAAUGAAAAUAAUAAUUUUAUGGAAAAUUUUGACAAAUGCAUUCAUCAUUACUGUUCAGAUGAGAAAUUUGAAGAGAGAUGGUGGAAGUUGAUGAAUAGAAUUGAACUAAAGGAUGAUGAAUUGGUUCGGUCAUUGUAUGAAGAUCGUAAAAAGUGGGCGCCUACAUUCAUGCGGGACAUUUCUUUGGUUGGAUUAUCAACAAUUGUAAGAUCUGAGAGUGUAUCAUCUUUCUUUGACAAGUAUAUCCGUGUUGAUUCUACCUUUGAGGAAUUUAUUGAACAGUAUAAAGUUUUCUCUGUAGACUGUUUUGACAUUGAAGCCAAAGCUGACAUUGAAACAAAACAAAAGCAACCUACAUUAAGAUCUUUAUCACCUUUUGAGAAGCAGCUAUCCGCAAUUUUUACUGAUGCCAUAUUUAGAAAUUUUCAGUUGGAAAUAUUGGGAAUGAUGUCCUGUCAUCUGCAGAUGGAAACAGAAGGAAGGGAAACUUUGACAUUUCUUGUUCAUGAUUUUGAGAAGCGGAAGAAAUUUAUUGUUUCUUGGAAGGAAGUAGAUUUGUAUGUCUGUUGUUCAUGUUGUUUAUUUCAAUACAAAGGUUUUCUAUGUAGACAUGCAAUGCUUGUCCUUCAGAAGUCGGGCAUAACCAGCAUUCCAUCCUAUUAUAUUUUAAAACGAUGGACAAAAGAUUCAAUGGCCGAUCAAUUUUCUGGUGACAUAAUUACCAGGACUGCUAAUUGA